UUCCGAUCCUGAUGCCACUCGAUUCCGCUCCCGAAUGCGUUGAAAUCAUUGUGACGAAAUGGAUGGACGGCAUGGAUGUUUACCGGUAUGGAAUCAAUGAGAAUGUUGCCAUCAAACACAUCUCUACUUGUAAUUACGAAGACCUACAAGAAGAACCCACUCGACUACUCGAAUAUAUCCAGGCGCAUGUGCCUCUCUUACGAGAAGAUUCUUCUUCGCCUUAUUUCACCCUCAUGGCCACAAAACCUCCAGUGGAUAAUACAAGAGCUGUUUCAUGGGAGGAUGUACCAGUUUUACUACAUGCACGAGACUUGAUUCAACACUAUGUUCAAGUCUACGAUGAAGACGAGUCAUUCUCAAUCGAUUCACUACUUACUCAGGCAUGGGUUCGAAGUGGUUCCAGAAAGGGGGAAAGUGUUCAGGGCUAAAACAUUCAGCAUAGUCAU